UAUGCGUGGCAUGGCAGGACCGGACAGGCUUACACACCAUCCGGGUAUUGAAACAGUUCCAACGGGCAAAAUGGCGGCAUCGGGCCAAACUGCUCUAACAGAUCAAGAGCUUCGAGCCGAACUGAAGCGUUUGGGCUUCAAAGCUGGCCCUGUAACAGACUCAACCCGCCAAGUGUACUUGAAGAAAUUGGGGGAGCUCCAAGUUGAGGAGAAAUUGAAAGCAACAGCACCAAAACCACCCAUCCCAGGCCGCAAGUUGCUGGGGUUCAGCUCUGAUGAAAGCGACGGCGAGUCAUCAGCGACGGGGAGCAAUCGGCGUCGCUCCAUGCCUAGCCAAAGCAAAGCUUUACGGCGAAGGAGCACCAAAGCGUGGCCGCAGACUCCGUAUAACGGAACAGCUGAUGAACACGUGGAUUUACGCGCAAAACAGCCUGCUUCAGGCAGUUCGAGCUUAAAUCCCAGUACCAAAUCGAAGAGAUAUUCUACGGGUAUUUUACCGAGUGGUAGGUCAUCACUCCCCGAAGCAGGGAACAAAUCAAGGGCAGAAAGAUACGUGCGCCACCCGGCAAACCGAGUCACCAUUGCUAAAGUCUCGGUAACGCCAAAGAAAGAUGACUUUUCGGACUCUGAUGUGGAUGGAAAUGAUCAGGAUGAUGCAGAAGAUGCGGAAAUUAACACUGGCAGUGCAGUCAAUACAAAAGCAACAAAUACAUCAACCAGCAAAGAAAUUAAUGAAGAACCAGCUCACAUAACAAACCCCUUAAACCAGACAUACACAAAAGAUCAUGAAGCCAGCGAUUUAUCACAGACUGGUAAGCGAUCUUUGGGUCUUUGGUGGUCUACAUCAAAACCCUCUCCACGUCGAAGUCUCCCCACGUCAACCCCAAGGACCAGCACUCCUCGUAAAUCUGACAACCGCCUUCGUUUGUCAGAUGCGUACGAUGAUGAAAUAGACACAAGCAAAUUUAGCGCCACUCAAAACAACAGUAAAGUUCUUGCCCCAGAACCAAGAAACAGUCUCAACUCACGAUACCCCGACUUUGAUCACAGUACACCAAAUUCAAGUAAAGCAAAAAAUAAAUCAGCUCCCAAAACAUCAGGUUCUGUUUUUCUGAACUCCAAAUCCAAUCACAUGUCUGGAGGCCACUUAUCAAGUUCACAACCAACCAAUUUUAAAUCAGCAAGUACGGCUCCCAGGUCUACAUGUAGCUCUAGUUUUCAAGAAGAAGAGGAGAAUCUAUAUGAGGAGUUCGCAACUGAGGACCAUUCUGCCAGCAGCCUUGGUGCUAGGAUUGGCCAUUAUGUACCCAUGAUCCUGCUGGGAUGUGCCUUCCUUUUCUUCAUAGUGUUAGCAAUGGUGUACAUGAAUGUUGGCACUGGCAAGCUUGCGGAUAUGAAGUACAUCGCUGACAGUAGCAGUAAUGACAUAAAACGGCAUACUGAGGCUAUGAGGAUUGUGCAGUCCUUGUAUGACAAGUUGUCAGAGGUAGCUGGAAAAUAUGAAUGUGGAUCCCAAGAUGUUACAAGCAGAAACAUGUCACUUGAAGAGGUGCUGACUUUUCUGAAGUUUGAAUUUAAAAAGGAUAUUCAAGGCAAUAAACACUGGAUUGCCUACCAUCUGGAAGAUGCCUUACAGAAGAUUAUCAACAAUCCUGAGUGGGGUCUGAGGCUGUUUGAUAAGAAUGGUGAGGGAAUACAAGCUAAUGUUGACCCUGCAGACCAGGCUGGGCAUGCUGUCAAGUUGGCCAAACAGACUGCCUGGUUAGAAUCGCAACAUCUCAACAUGUCCUGGCUGUGUAGGGUCCAACGCUCGGCUUUCCUGGUCCUGUUAAGACUAUUCCUGCUCUGUGCUGUGGUUCUGUUUCUGUGGUUAGUGUAUAAGUUCAUGAUGUACAGAAUUAGACGAGACAAGGAGGAAAAGAAACAGGUGCAUCAGCUUGUGGAUGCCAUCACAGAGAUGCUGGCGAGUCACCACAAGGCCUGCAGCAAAGACAAGAGCUUGUCACCCUACCUGGCCAUACCUCACAUCAGAGAUACGCUGAUACCACUCAAGCACAGAAAGGAAAAACAGCAUUUGUGGGAUCGUGCUGUGCAGUUCAUCAACACCAAUGAGUCUCGAGUUCGUGUAGAGACACAGCAGAUCUCUGGUGAAGAGUUCCCUGUCUGGAGAUGGAUGCUUCCUUCACCGGUUGUUUCAUCCUUCACACCAAUGACUGAAUUGGAGUUAAACCCCAACAGAGUGAAAGUGUGGCAAGGAACGGCCUUUGACAACCUGGACACAGCCAUCAAGGCACCCCGAUACACCCCAACACCGUGCCUGAAGAUCAGGAAUAUGUUUGAUCCAACACUGGAAUCAGAUGGUGAUUGGCAUGUAGCCAUAGAAGAUGCCAUACUUGAACGAUGUGGUGACAAUGGCGGCAUUGUUCAUGUUGCUGUAGACAGAAACUCAAGAGAGGGGUGUGUCUAUGUCAAGUGUGCUACACCGGAAAAUGCAGGCCGUGCUUACAGAGCAUUGCAAGGAAGUUGGUUUGAUGGCAAACUGGUAACUGUGAAGUACCUUAGAUUAGAUCGUUAUCAUCAGAGGUUUCCAUAUGCCAUUGGCUGCAACACACCAAUCAGGCCUUCCAACAACCUCAAGAAAUCCCUGUCUCAUCAAAGCCAGUCCCCUGGACUUGAAGCUUCAUAGAGUCAGAUAUCACCCAGAUCAAAGAUCAGUCCACUUUAUCCUCUGGACAAGUUAUUGUUCACCCUGUCAGUUUUAAAUUGAGAUCCUUUUCUGUGUCAAGUUCUUCAGGUCAGAGGACCUACAUUUUCUCUGCACUUUAAAUCGUUGAGGUUUCAUUCAACCAAUGGGAUUUCAUCUGCUUAUUGGUUUUGUGAUUCAGGCCGUUUUCUCUUUGGACUCUGUGCUGUGCAUUCCUAGUUUUAAUAAAUUCUUUAUCACCUGCUGCUGCUAGGUAGGGUUGCUUCUCUGACCUGUCUGGCUUAUUUUCAGAUUCCUCCUGUCUUGAGUCCUGUGUGACUACAGCAUAUUCUAACCUAGCAAGCUGGUUGCUGUGUGUAUGACUUGAUUCAUUAAGGAGAAAGCCUGAUGACAAAUCUGCUUAUCUGUUAAGUUUAAAAGGAAAAAUAUGCAGUCUAUACCUCUUGGCAGUGCAGGCAUCUAUGGGGCGCCAUCAGACCCAAAAUUAAUAUUUUACAAAACGAAUGUUCCAAACCAAAA